AUGUUAAAUUUGUCGCCGUCGAAUUAUCGUAAAGUCGAGGUUGAUCGGGACGGUAAUGUGAUAAAGGUGUUCUCGAAGAGUCGACCGUGGUGGGACAUUUACGACCCCAACGUUGGAAAGGAAAGGAAGGACGACCCAGAGAGUAUAGGUUAUGAAGUAGACUACAGAGAGCCAGGUGAAGAAUACUUCGGGAAUAUAGAAGACGACCCUGUGACGUCUAUCCAAGUCGAAGCUCUUGAACAAUUGAAGCCAUCAUCACCGAACCCAAGAUACGAGCAAGCACCCACCAGUCCUGUCACAUUGGCUAAUGUAAAUUUAAGAGAAGCAGUACUAGUGGCUUUGGGCGGCGCAAGCGCGGCAGUGGUCCUUCUCCUCGUGAUGGCUGGAGUCUUCUGCGCUCGGCGACGCAAGAACAGCCCCUCCCCUGUCCCUUCACCCCCGAUUCUUGUCUACCCACCUCACGAUAUCACGGCACCAUGUUAUCUGACUAAGGAAGUUAACUUUUCCCUUCCAACGCUGCGAUCUUCGUCAUUGGGGGAACUCCGUGACGUCAGCGUUUCAAGCCUCAACAGUGAGGUAUUGUGCCCACCGACACCUACGCAAUACCGAUCCAACUCUUUCAGCAAAAGAAAACGUGGCCACCCAAAACACACCUGCCAACUAAGCAUCAUGCAGAUUGCAGAGGCUAUGGAAGCUGGAAGGACAUGGAGUGAAGUUAUGAGAGCAACACAGGACAGAUCAGGCCCCAGAGGGCUGGGUGCCCUAGGCAGAGGGAAAUAUGACUUUAAAGAAGAAGAAUAG